AUGGAGUUUGAAUUUGACGAAGACGAGGACAGUCCGUAUCCUGAAGUACGGGCGUCUGUGUCGAACGUCGACGAUACAGAAAUGCCGGCCUUGACAAUACGAAUGUGGGUCAUUGGGCUCUUCCUCACCCUCGCGUCUGGCUGUGCAAAUCUCUUCUUCAACUUUCGACAACCAGCACCGUCAAUCGUCUCCAAUGUCCUCAUCCUUCUCGCCCACCCAUUAGGGAAGCUCUUCGCCCUCACCCUCCCGAUACGCGUAUUCAGGUUACCUCGCUGGCUCGGCGGAUACGAAUUCUCCCUCAACCCCGGUCCUUGGAAUAUCAAGGAGCACGCACUGGUGUUUAUCAUGGCCAACGUCUCGAUCGGUGUCCCCACCGCGCUUAAUGCGGUCGUCGUCGCGGAGAUCUACUACGGCGUCAAGCUUGGCUACGGGUUCAAUGCCUUGCUCAUCUUGACUACCCAGCUCACCGGCUUCUCUCUCGCGGGUUUAUGCCGGCGGUUCCUGGUCUGGCCCGCAAGCAUGGUCUGGCCGCAGAACCUGAUCGUUUGCACCCUGCUCAACACGCUCCAUGCGGAAGAGGAGGAUGCCCGCGGAGGAGUCUCGCGUUUCAGGUUCUUCUGCUACGCCUGCGUCGGCUCGUUCUUUUAUUUCUUCCUUCCUGGCUUCCUCUUCCAAGCACUGUCGAUCUUCUCGUUCGUUUGUUGGAUCAAGCCCAACGACAUUGUCGUCAACCAACUGUUCGGCGUGUCUGGGGGCCUGGGCAUGAGCGUCCUUGUUUUCGACUGGUCGCAGAUCUCCUGGAUUGCCAGCCCGCUUAUGGUCCCGUGGUGGGCGCAAGUGCAGGUCUUCCUUGGGUUUUUCAUUGUGUACUGGGUUCUGUGCCCCAUACUGUACUACACCAACUCCUGGGACCUGUCCUAUUUCCCGAUCAUGUCCAACGACCUGUACGAUCGCUUUGGCGACAAAUACGACGUUCGGCGCGUUCUCACCGCCAACAACGAGUUCAACCAGACCCAGUAUGAGGAGUACUCCCCACUGUUCUUACCGGCAUCCUACGCUAUCACCUACUUGAUCGCGUUUGCGCUUGCCUCCGCAGUCGUCGUUCACACAGUGCUCUAUCACGGUCGCACGGUCAUCCGCGGAUUUACCCAGGUCCGGACGGAGAAGGACGAUAUCCAUGCCAAGCUCAUGCGUGCAUACCCCGAAGUCCCGGAUUGGUGGUACUUGCUCUCAUUCCUUGCCUGCUUCGGGCUGGCUAUCCUCACGGCCGAGUUGUGGCAUACGGGUAUCCCAGUUUGGGCGCUCAUAAUCGCCAUCGCACUUCCGGCGGUCUACCUUGUUCCCUCUGGAUAUGUGUUCGCUAUGACCGGGCAGAGCAUUGGUAUCAACCUGAUUGCGCAAAUCAUCCCCGGCAUGAUCCUCCCUGGCAAGCCGAUCCCAAACAUGAUCUUCAAGGCGUAUGCGACGCAGACCCUGGCUGAGGGCUCACAGUUCGUGGGCGACCUGAAGCUCGGUCACUACAUCAAGCUGCCUCCGCGGGCAACGUUUAUCGUGCAGAUGACAUCAACGGCGUUCGUCGGGCUCCUCCAGGUCGCCGUCAAGGAGUGGAUGUUCGCCAACAUCGAGGACAUCUGCCAGACGGACCAGAAGGACUUCCUCACAUGCCCGCACAACCAGGUCAUCUACACCACCUCGGUCAUCUGGGGCCUGAUCGGGCCCGCACGGCAGUUUGGAGCGAGCUCGAUCUACCACCCGCAGCUAUACGCGAUCAUCAUCGGUGCGGUCCUGCCGCUGCCGUUCUGGUACUGGCAACGGCGGUGGCCAAACCGGUACGUGCAGUACAUCAACACACCGGUCAUCCUGAAUGGCGUCGGGCUUAUCCCGCCCGCGACGGGCAUCAACUACUCGUCCUGGUUCCUCGCCGGCUUCAUCUUCCAAUACCUCGUCCGCCGUCGGAACUUCGGGUGGUGGUCAAAGUUCAACUACAUCCUCUCGAGCGCGCUGGACUGCGGCACCGUCCUCGCGGUUCUCUUCAUCUUCUUCACCCUCCAGUUCCCGAACGGGGGCGUCAACCUCGAGUGGUGGGGAAACACGGUGUACACCGAGACUGCGGACUUCAAGCGUUUACCGCUCAGGUCACCGCCAGCAGGUGGAAUCGUGCCAUCAUAG